AUGCUUUGCGCAAUUUCCGGAGAGGCACCUCAAGUGCCAGUCGUCUCGUCCAAGAGCGGCAGUGUCUUCGAGAAGCGCCUCAUUGAAGCAUACAUUGCCGAAAACGGCAAAGAUCCGGUCAACGGCGAAGAGCUGACUACCGACGAUCUGAUCGAUAUCAAGUCCCCGCGCGUUGUCCGGCCUCGCCCUCCUACUCUAACCUCCAUCCCCUCGCUUCUCAGUGUCUUCCAGGAAGAGUGGGAUGCGCUUGCUCUCGAGACAUAUACUCUUCAACAGAACUUGGCGCAGACACGGCGUGAGCUGAGCGCGGCGCUCUACCAGCAUGAUGCCGCCGUGCGCGUGAUCGCACGAGUCACUAAGGAGAGAGAUGAGGCCCGGGAUGCGCUUUCAAAGGUGACUGUUGGUGCCAGCCGGUCAGCCGGUGCUGGUGAAGCUAUGCAGGUGGAUUCCGAGGGCCUGCCUCCGGCAGUAUUGGAGCGAAUCGAGAACACACAGGCUAGUCUUUCAAAGACCCGACGCAAGCGCGCCGUUCCCGAAGGAUGGGCUACUAGUGACUCCAUCUCCACAUACAAGCCUCUCGAGAGCUCCGAACCUCUUUACCCCGGUAGCCGUGCCUUGUCGGUCAACUCCACUGGCGAGCUGGCUCUUGUUGGCGGUGUCGAUGGCAUAGUCGGUGUCUAUUCUCUCUCCCAGAAAACUGUGGUCCAGACUUUCAAGACCGAUGGUCCUGUGACCGAUGCCACUUGGGCUGGUAACAAGGCAGUUGUUGGUUCGGCUUCUGGAUCGGUGAAGGUGUUUGAGAAUGGUAACGAGGUGGCAAGCUUUGCCUCGCACGCUGGUGAAGUUACAGCCCUUGCAGUCCACGCGACGGGCGAUAUUGUUGCCUCCGUCGGUGUUGACAAGAGCUACGUGCUUUACGACCUGUCCACCAGCGCCGUCAUUACCCAGAUUUUCACUGAUGCCGCUUUGUUGUCCGUACACAUCCACCCAGAUGGUCACCUGCUGGCUGCUGGCGCCGCCAACGGACAAAUCAAGAUCUUCGAUGUCAAGACCGGUGCUGCCGCUGCCGACUUUGCGAUGUCGGGCCCCGUCAAGGGCCUCUAUUUCUCCGAGAACGGUACUUUCCUGGCAUCGGUGGCUGCACAGUCCACCACCGUCUCGAUCUGGGACCUGCGCAGUUCUAAGGAAACCAAGGUGCUGGACACCGGCAGCCAGGUCAACUCCAUCUUCUGGGACUACACCGGGCAGUUCCUGUUGACCGGUGGCCCCAGCGGAAUCACUGUCCAGCAAUUCAACAAAUCAGCGAAGCAGUGGUCUGAGCCAUUGCGGAGUGCUGUCCCGGCUGUUGCCGUGGCAUUUGGCUCUGCAGCCCAAAGCAUUGUCUCCUUGAACGAUGCAGGUGUUGUUACGGUUCUGGCGCAGUCAUGA